AAUCAUAUUUUCUUACAAUGUUCGAAGAAGCAUUGGGCCCUUUGGAUUUGGUGCAGCAUAGCGCCUUAAAAGAAUCCCUAAAGAAACCUCCUCUAAAUGUUGAGGCCAUAUUUGGAACUGUAGAUGCAAUCACACAAAAAGCUGCAGCGCUUAUUAACGCCGAUACGCAAGAGGAAUUUCUAUACAAAAAUCCCAAUGGCUGGAAAAGACAUUCUCUACAGAAAGAUGCCUCAUUGCUAAACCAGUAUUUUAAUGAUUUUGAUUCUGAUAUAACCCCCAGUUCCUCUUUAACAUCCAGCGACUUUUUGGCGAAACCCCUGGAACCCUGGGCUUUAUUAGAGGCAUUUCAUUUUCCCGAUGUGGUACGUCAAAUAACCCAAUUUAUCGAAACUUGGGAAUUAACACCAGCCACUAAGUUUGUGGUUAUAGCCCAAGAGAAAAGCCUGAAAAUGCCUCCAUUUGGUGAGCGCUAUUUUGUGGAAGUACAUUUUUCCAAGCCUACCCCCAAAUGUCCAAAUCCUUUGGCUAGAGCCAAGUCCUACUUUCAAAUAAAUGUUAGCUGCUUAUUGCCAAGAGAUUAUCCUGUCAAUGUUACCUAUCGUUUUGAAGGCUACAGCAGUUGUUUCUAUGCUUUGGGUCCCAAGAAAAUGAGCUCCAAUAAAUUUCAGCGAUUUCUCAUCGAUACCAUAAUUCACAUGAAGUUGGCCUUCUAUGCUCAAUUGGAGAAAUGUGAAAGACUUGAGGUUGAACAGGAAAAGGAUGAUGAAAGAAAGAUUCAUUGCUAAAUUUUUUUGAGGCCAAAAGGAUUUCCAGCACAGGCAGAAUUUUAAUAAAAUUUUGAUUUCCUUUUGUGGAUUGUAAAAAAAGAUCUCUAAAUAUUUUGUUCUGAAAGUAAGUAAAGUAUA